AUGGUCAAGGGAGACGGGCGCGGCACUGAGAGUUGGCGUACCUUGCAGCAGCUCCUCAGAAAUGAUGAAGGAGGAGAAGAAGAAGAAGAAGAAGAUGAUGAUGAUGAUGAUGAUGAUGAGGAGGAGGAGGAGGAGGAGGAGGAGGAGGAGGAGGAGGGACAGACCAUGCGUUUGGCAGACACAGACAAGUUAUUCUGAGUUCUGUUAGCCCUUCCUCACAACUUCAGGAUCAUUUGGUUGACCGGGUCCGGCAGUCGACUUGUGCAUGGGAUAGGGAAGAGAUAUUGAAGUCAAAUCUCAGCGCAUAAUUCCUCGUCAUAAAGGAUCCAACGCGCUUGAGAUUAUCAGGGCGCGUUUAAAGCCAUGGCUUGGAAGGUUGCCAAAUGACGCUUCAACUCAGACAACUCAGUCGGCCCGGUCGUUUUUUCGUGAGUUGAUUGGCCGGCUGGUUGAUUGCAAUUCAAACUGCGAUGUCUGCUACUGAAUGACACUCGCUCACAAAUGUGUGUGGAGGAGGUUUCACUAGACUGCCUUAUUUUCGCAGACUGUUAGAUAAGUUAAGAUUCUUAUUGAUCCAACUGUGAAAAACUCGGCGCCUGAGUGGAAUUGAACCCAUGACAGCAAGGGGAAGGCUUUAGUACAGCGAACGUUUAAGCCACCUGAGCCGCGAGGCCCACCGGAAGACUUGAGUUCUAUCACAUUUGGGUCAAGUUACGUGCUCAGCCGACUGCAAAGUCUGAAAUCCAUCAAAUUUGACACAGUAAGCUGACUACUCAAGCAGGAUUCCCUAAGUAAUUCACCUAGAAUCCACCAGAUGACUACUAGGCUGACGUAGGUCCGAAUCCCACCGAGGCGCCGUUUUUUACAGUUGGGUUGAUAGGAAUUUCUCAAAAUCUGCCAAAACAUCUAGAAAUUGUGAUUCGGCAUUGCACCAGUACUAUUAUCUCUUACGGUAUCUUCACUACCGUCCGAACGCAGUCUCGACUAGUCGGUCGGACUUACGAGUCAGGGAGCAUGUCUCAUGCAAGUGCCUUAGGGGUGCAAGGCCGUGAACGCGAGGACGCUAAACUGCUGCCCUCACUAGGACUGCUACUGGCGCUGAUGAUGAUAAUUUUGGUGGUUCUGGUAGUGAUGAUGAUGAUGAUGAUGAUGAUGAUGAUGAUGAUGAUGAUGAUGAUGAUGAUGAUGAUGAUGAUGAUGAUGAUGAUGAUGAUGAUGAUGACAAGUGCGACGAUCCCGGAUGA